CGCCUUUUCAGGUAGAGGCAUUAGUCGACAUUCAAACAAUACAGCUGUAUCAGCUGAGCUGUUUAAAGGUUGUGUUGUUAGUCACUUUUUUGAGAGUGGACUUCUCGAAUGAAAGCUUUCUGCUUAGAAACACCCACUGCAGUAUUUGCUGUGUCUCGCUGUGGCCCUCACCCGUUUUGGGAGGACGUGUGAGGCAGCGGUCCUCUAUUUACUUGGUUCUCCAAAUUAUUUCGUGACCUCAACCAUUUCUUGGCAGUGAUCCAAACCGACUGUUUUUUUUUGUUUUUUUUUUAACUACGCGUCUCCUGCACUGGUUGCAUCAAAACACUGAAGCAAACGCAGUUGAGCCUGACUACUUUAUUUCUAUUCCAAAAACGGUGUAGGACGAAGAUGCAUUAGUAAUGAAGCAAGGAACACCUUAGCUCAGUUUUUCUCAGCAAGAGAUCCAUACAUCAGGCUAUCCUUAAUUUUUUAAAAAUGGAUUAACCGGGAUGUUGCAGAACUGGAUGCCCUGGAUGGUACCUAAUUAAAGCAGAAGUCGCUGCAGGAUGAAAACAUGGCUGCACCCCUUCUUGCACCGCCAGGACCUGAUAGCUUCAAAUUUUUUACCCGAGAAUCCCUGGCUAACCUUGAGAAGCGCAUUGCUGAGGAAAAAGCCAAGCCGCCACCCAAGCCUGACAGCAGUUACCGUGACGAUGACGACGAAAAUAAGCCCAAGCCUAGCAGUGACCUGGAGGCCGGCAAAAACCUGCCCUUCAUCUAUGGAGACAUCCCUUCUUCAAUGGUGGCGACACCAUUGGAGGACUUGGACCAUUUCUACAUAAACAAGAAAACGUUUAUAGUGAUAAAUAAAGGGAAAACAAUCUACCGCUUUAGUGCCACAUCUUCCCUGUACAUGAUCAGCCCUUUUAAUGUUUUUAGGCAAAUAGCUAUUAAAAUUUUGAUACAUUCAUUGUUCAGCAUGAUCAUUAUGUGUACUAUUUUGACCAACUGUGUAUUCAUGACUUUUAGUAACCCUCCAGAAUGGUCCAAACAAGUAGAGUACACAUUCACGGGAAUUUAUACGUUCGAAUCUCUUGUAAAAAUCAUUGCCCGAGGGUUCUGUAUAGACGACUUCACAUUCCUCCGAGACCCAUGGAACUGGCUGGAUUUCAUGGUCAUUUCUAUGGCAUAUGUAACAGAGUUUGUGGACCUGGGAAAUGUGUCUGCGCUGAGAACCUUCAGAGUUCUCCGAGCAUUGAAAACUGUUGCUGUCAUUCCAGGUCUGAAGACCAUUGUGGGUGCUCUGAUCCAAUCGGUGAAGAAGCUGUCGGACGUGAUGAUCCUGACGGUGUUCUGCCUGAGUGUCUUUGCCCUGAUCGGCCUGCAGCUCUUCAUGGGCAACCUGCGGCAGAAGUGCGUCAUCUGGCCUCUCAACGGCACCACCACCUACCUGUCCAACGGCAGCGUGGGCUUCAACUGGGACGAAUACAUCAUGAACGACACCAAUUUCUACUUCGUGCCAGGGCAACUAGAUGCCCUUAUCUGCGGCAACAGCUCAGACUCUGGUCGCUGUCCUGAGGGCUACACAUGCAUGAAAGCUGGGCGCAAUCCAAACUACGGCUACACCAGCUUCGACAGCUUCGGCUGGGCCUUCCUGGCCCUCUUCCGCCUCAUGACGCAGGACUUCUGGGAGAACUUGUAUCAGUUGACACUGAGGGCUGCAGGGAAGACGUACAUGAUCUUCUUUGUGCUGGUGAUCUUCGUGGGCUCCUUCUACCUGGUGAACUUGAUCCUGGCUGUGGUGGCCAUGGCCUACGAGGAGCAGAACCAGGCCACCAUGGAGGAGGCGGCCAAGAAGGAGGAGGAGUUCACGGCCAUGUUGGAACAGCUCAGGAAAAACCAGGAGGAAGCACAGGCAAAUGCCAUGGCGACGUCGGCGGGCACGGUGUCGGAAGACGCGGUGGAGGACGAGGGCGAGGGCAACCUGUCGUGCAGCUCCUCCGAGAUGUCCAAGCUGAGCUCCAAGAGUGCCAAGGAGCGCCGCAACCGCAAGAAAAAGUCGCGUCAGAAAGAGCUGGGCGAGGAGAAGGGCGACUACGAGAAGUUUGUCAAGUCCGAGUCGGACGAUGGCAUCAAGAAGAGUCGUUUCCGCUUCCCUGACAACCGGCUGGGCCGCCGGACCUCCAUCAUGAACCAGUCUCUGCUCAGCAUCCCCGGCUCCCCGUUCCUGUCGCGCCACAACAGCAAGAGCAGCAUCUUCAGCUUCAAGCGCGGCAAGGACGGCGGCUCGGAGAACGAGUUCGCCGACGACGAGCACAGCACGGUGGAGGAGUGCGAGGAGCGCCGCAACUCGCUCUUCAGCCCGUACCGCCGCAGCAGCUACAGCGGCUACAACUACGGCAAGCGCAACAGCACGGUGGACUGCAACGGCGUGGUCUCCCUGAUCGGCCCCGGGCCCGGCGGACGCCUUCUGCCUGAGGUGAUAAUAGAUAAGGCAGCUACUGACGACAGUCAGCAAACUACUGAGGUGGAGAUUAAGAAGAAACUCUCUGGCUCUCUCAUGGUUUCUGUGGACCAACUCAACACCUCAUUUGGGCGCAAAGAACGAGCAAACAGUGUCAUGAGCGUGGCGACCAACACACUAGUGGAGGAACUGGAGGAGUCCCAGCGGAAGUGUCCUCCAUGCUGGUACAAGUUCUCCAACACCUUCCUGAUCUGGGAAUGCUGUCCGAUAUGGAUCGAAAUCAAGAGGAUCACGCUAAUGAUUGUGAUGGAUCCAUUCGUGGACCUGGCCAUCACUAUCUGCAUCGUGCUCAACACCCUCUUUAUGGCCAUGGAGCACUACCCCAUGACGCCACAUUUUGAACAUGUGCUGAGUGUGGGCAAUCUGGUGUUUACAGGGAUUUUCACUGCCGAAAUGUUUGCCAAACUGGUUGCUAUGGACCCAUACUACUACUUCCAAGAGGGCUGGAACAUCUUUGACGGCUUCAUUGUGAGCUUGAGCUUAAUGGAGCUGGGUCUGGCCAACGUUGAAGGGCUGUCUGUCUUGCGAUCAUUCCGUUUGCUGAGAGUGUUCAAACUGGCCAAGUCGUGGCCCACUCUCAACAUGCUGAUCAAGAUUAUCGGGAACUCUGUGGGUGCCCUGGGGAACCUGACCCUGGUGCUGGCCAUCAUCGUCUUCAUCUUCGCCGUGGUGGGCAUGCAGCUGUUCGGCAAGAACUACAAGGACUGCGUGUGCAAGAUCGCCCAGGACUGCGAGCUGCCCCGCUGGCACAUGAACGACUUCUUCCACUCCUUCCUCAUCGUGUUCCGUGUGCUCUGCGGCGAGUGGAUCGAGACCAUGUGGGACUGCAUGGAGGUGGCCGGCCAGUCCAUGUGCCUCAUCGUCUUCAUGAUGGUCAUGGUCAUCGGCAAUCUGGUGGUGUUGAACCUCUUCCUUGCCUUGCUGCUGAGCUCGUUCAGUGCGGACAACCUGGCGGCGACCGAUGACGACGGCGAGAUGAACAACCUCCAGCUGGCCGUCAUCCGCAUGAAGCUGGGCAUCGCCUGGGCCAAGGCCAAGGCGCGGCAUGUGGUGGCUGUCGCCCUAAAACGCAAGGUGACUGACGAGGACGACAUGUACGACAAGAAGCUCAACUGCAUCGCCAACCACACGGGCGUAGACAUCAACCGCGAUCUGGACUACCAAAACGGCACCACCAGCGGCAUCGGCAGCAGCGUGGGCAAGUACAUGAUCGACGAGGACCACAUGUCCUUCAUCAACAACCCCAACCUGACCGUGUGCGUGCCCAUUGCUGUGGGAGAGUCGGACUUCGAGAACCUCAACACCGAGGACUUCAGCAGCGAGUCAGAGGCCGAGGGCAGCAAAGAUCUAGAGGACACCAGCUCGUCAGAGGGCAGCACCAUCGACAUUAAGCCAGAUGUAGAGGACGUGGUGGUGGCAGAGGUCGUGGAGGAGUACGUGGAGCCGGAUGCCUGCUGGACAGAAGGUUGCAUCGCCCGUUACAAGUGCUGUGAUGUGCCCAUCACUGAAGGCUGGGGCAAGUACUGGUGGUUCCUGAGGAAGACCUGCUAUCUCAUUGUGGAGCACAACUGGUUUGAGACCCUCAUCAUCUUCAUGAUCUUGCUUAGCAGUGGAGCACUGGCCUUUGAGGAUGUGUACAUUGAGCAGAGGAAGACCAUCCGUGUCGUCCUAGAGUACGCCGACAGAGUGUUCACCUACAUCUUCAUCCUGGAGAUGCUGCUCAAGUGGGUGGCCUAUGGGUUUGUCAAGUAUUUCACCAACGCUUGGUGCUGGCUGGACUUCUUCAUCGUAGAUGUGUCUAUAGUCAGCCUUAUAGCUAAUGCCCUGGGGUACUCCGAUCUAGGGCCCAUUAAAUCACUCAGGACACUAAGGGCCCUCAGGCCCCUCAGAGCCUUGUCACGUUUUGAAGGGAUGAGGGUGGUAGUCAACGCCUUGGUGGGUGCCAUUCCCUCCAUCAUGAAUGUGUUGCUGGUGUGCCUCAUCUUUUGGCUGAUUUUCAGUAUCAUGGGCGUCAACCUGUUUGCGGGCAAGUACUACUACUGUUUCAACCAGACGUCCGAGCAGCUCUUUGAGCUGGACGUGGUCAACAACAAAACAGAGUGCUUUGCCUUCAUCAACGCCAACUACUCGGAGGUGCGCUGGAAGAACGUGAAGAUCAACUUUGACAACGUGGGCGCCGGCUACUUGGCCCUGCUCCAAGUGGCUACAUUCAAGGGCUGGAUGGAUAUCAUGUAUGCUGCUGUGGACUCAAGAAGGGUGGAAGAUCAGCCACUAUAUGAGGACAACAUCUACAUGUACAUCUACUUUGUUAUCUUCAUCAUCUUCGGUUCCUUCUUCACCCUCAACCUCUUCAUUGGUGUCAUCAUCGACAACUUCAAUCAACAGAAGAAAAAGUUUGGGGGUCAGGAUAUCUUCAUGACAGAAGAGCAGAAAAAAUACUACAACGCCAUGAAAAAGUUGGGCUCAAAGAAACCCCAGAAGCCUAUUCCCAGACCACAGAAUAAGAUUCAAGGGAUGGUGUUUGAUUUUGUAACUCAGCAAGUGUUUGACAUUUCCAUCAUGAUCCUGAUCUGCCUCAACAUGGUCACCAUGAUGGUGGAGACAGACGACCAGUCCGAUGAGACCGAGAACAUCCUCUACUGGGUCAACUUCAUCUUCAUUGUGCUCUUCACAUCAGAGUUUGUCCUCAAGCUCACAGCCCUGCGACAUUACUAUUUCACCAAUGGCUGGAACAUCUUUGACUGUGUUGUGGUCAUUCUUUCCAUCGUAGGCAUGUUCUUGGCUGACCUGAUCGAGAAGUACUUUGUGUCUCCAACGUUGUUCAGGGUAAUCCGUCUGGCUCGAAUUGGUCGCAUCUUGCGACUGAUUAAAGGGGCCAAGGGCAUCCGAACUUUACUGUUUGCCCUGAUGAUGUCACUGCCAGCCCUGUUCAACAUUGGCCUGUUGCUGUUUCUGGUCAUGUUUAUCUUCUCCAUCUUUGGCAUGUCCAACUUUGCCUAUGUCAAGCGAGAGGUGGGAAUAGAUGACAUGUACAAUUUUGAGACCUUUGGCAACUCCAUGAUUUGCCUGUUCAUGAUCACAACCUCGGCUGGGUGGGAUGGUCUCCUGGCGCCCAUCUUGAACUAUCCGCCCGACUGUGACCCCCUCAAGGAGAAUCCGGGCACCACAGUGAAGGGCGAUUGCGGGAACCCUUCGGUGGGCAUCUUCUUCUUUGUGAUGUACAUCAUUGUGUCCUUCCUCAUCGUGGUGAACAUGUACAUCGCCAUCAUCCUGGAGAACUUCAGCGUGGCCACGGAGGAGAGUGCCGAUCCGCUCUGCGAGGACGACUUUGAGUCCUUCUACGAGAUCUGGGAGAAAUUCGACCCCACUGCCUCUCAGUUCAUCACCUUUGCCAAGCUGGGCGACUUUGCCGACACGCUCGAGCACCCGCUGCGCGUGCCCAAGCCCAACACGAUUGAGCUGAUCGCCAUGGACCUGCCGAUGGUGAGCGGCGACCGCAUCCACUGCCUGGACAUCCUCUUCGCUUUCACUAAGCGCGUGCUGGGCGACAGCGGCGACCUGGACAUGAUGCGGCAGCAGAUGGAGGAGCGCUUCAUCGCUGCCAACCCCUCCAAGAUCUCGUUCGAGCCCAUCACCACAACGCUGCGCCGCAAGCAGGAGCUCAUGUCCGCCUCCAUCAUCCAGCGCGCCUACCGCGCCCACCUCUUGCGCCGCGGAUUUGUCUGCAAGCGCAUCCUCGGGAUCAACAAGCUGGAGAACGGUGGGACCAAUCAAGAGAAAAAAGAGGGCACGCCCUCCACUGCCUCCCUGCCCUCGUAUGACAGCGUGACCAAACCGGAGAAGGAAAAGCUGGACGAGAGCGAGAGCUUUGGCAAGAAGGAGAAGGGCAAAAACCAAAAAGACGUCAGGGAAUCCAAGUGUUAAGGACUGUGCUCGAUCCGGCGCUGAGAUCUACAGCGUGUGACACAAUGAGAUGAGACUCUGUAUUCGAAAUCCAACAAAUGUACAAACAUCAACAACAACAACAACAUCAACAAAAAGAAGAAAAAAACUAUUUACAAGGAAAAUAAAAAAUCUUUAAAAAAUAAUGGUUUGUUUACAGACUUGUUGCAGAUGUUUCGAUGCAGAAGAAGCAGCUUGGUUUUAAUACCACUCUGAAGACGACCAAACACGAUGAGCUUUCUGUGUAUCAUCUGUGAUUAAUGACCAAGAUUUUAAAUAACUUUUCACUCAAUGUAAAACUCGAUCAAACAUGGCCAACUCAACUAAAGGUGAUGUGUAGGCCUAUGGCAGACCUUCGGGGAUUUGUUGGGGACCACCCGCCAUCUGGACAUUGAACUGUAUGAAAAAGAUGGCGACAUUUUGAAGAAGGCUUCUUUUCCAUGGCCAAGUGUGGAUUUCAGCAUUGCUCAACUGUGGCUGACACAAAGACUCAACAACAAUGCUGGAUUGUAGGAAACCACCAGCUCCAUUGUUGGGGUUUCUGUGACAUGUCUUUUAACUGUAGAUGAAAAAUGAUUAAUCAACAAUGCGGAGAACAAAAAAACCCCCAGAAUAUUAUGUGGGUUUUUUUUUUUUAUUUGUUUGUGCUGAAUAUACUUGCAUCUUUACAUUAUUUGAGCAGCAAAAAAGAAAAAAUGAUACAUUUAGCCCAUGUCACUAGUCUUCAUCCUCUUUGUUAUACCUGCGUUAAAAUGAUUUUCUACAUGGGCUUUCACAUUGAUCGGGUAGGGGGCUUUAUCAGGGUUUUGACUUGGGCUGAAGGGGGUCCGACUGAGUUCCGAAGUAAAUACCUAACUAAUUGUGCUCGUUCAAAUGCAUAGAAAUGACUUGCAUGAUGGCAUGUUUUGAUCAGGAAUCAUGCAUGAGAAAUCAUAGUCCACACGACACUUACCAAGGCCACAACAGUGGCUCGACCAUUAGCUUUGAAGAUUUCCAACUGGUCCAAAUUUUUUAAAAAUGAGAUCGUACAACUAAAUUCUAACUGUGUACUCUUGUACACAGUAUUUGGGAACUUCAAACAGUAUGAUUGUACCUACCCUUCACAUGCUUUCCUUUCUGACACAAUGCUUUCACCAUGCGUCAUUGCAACGUUUUUCGGUGUCAGACCAGGCUGUAAUCAUUCAAAAAUCUGAUGUUCUAUUUGUUUGUGUGUACUAACAUUGUGGCACAUUGUGACAAAACACAAAACAUUAGUACUUUUGCUGCUCUUGCCGUGUAUGUGUGGGUGGGAAAAGAGCAGGGGUGGGAAUAGUUGCUGGAGAUAUUCGCCCGUGAGUAUACACUGAUUUGGAGAAACAUUUUGAAAUCAAAUGGAACCAAAUCCCAGGCUUACAGAGACCUUGAUUUGCCUUUCGUUUCUGCACCAGCAGCAUAUCGUUACAUGAGCACUGUUUUUCUGAUGUUCUCCAUGUUGUUGAGAGGGGACGGCAUGAAUGGGAUGCCGAUGUCACAGAGGGGAAAAAACACGAGGGUGUGGCAGAGCUCCUCUCGGCCUCGCUCAGCUCAGCGUUCUUUGUCCGACUGCAGGGAACAAGCGCUCCUCAGCGGAGGGGCGGCUCUCCAUGAGGCACAGUAGACAACUGUCAAUAACCGUCACAACUGCCAGGAUGUUUAAUUUCCAUCCAUCUUCCCAGGGCCUUUUUGAUGGCUUCCCAGGGCCUUUUUGAUGGCGUUUUUAAACCUUGUGAGCCUAUAACGGUUCCAUUUUGUUGUUGUUGUUGUUUUUAUGUCUUUAAAAAAAAAAUCAGUAUGACAUGAUGAGGCUUUGGCGAAAGGCUCGCUGUUUGGAGCUGUCAUGAGAUUCUCGGGAGUCCUUGAUGGGGUCUGUUUAGUGUUCUUGUGUGCCCUUGCCUGAUCUGGAAUCAGCUGAUGUGCAGCUUUGGCAUCAGCAACUGCCAAGUGAUUGAACUCCAGAGUAGAGGAAAAGGGUAUCCCCAGUCUGUCCUGCAUCCUAGCUACAUACACCUCUUUGGACUACUGCCAGUCAGCUUAGAGCCUUUCGUGUCUUAUUUGUGUUAGCUAAGGCUCAAUAGGACGUAAGAGGACAACUUUGGGCCUUUCUGAGAACUAGGCUAGGAAUGGAAAUAGAAAUAUUCAGUGAAGGACUGUCACGCAAGGAAAGGUUCCCUUUGUUUUCAUCGAACAAAUUCUCUUUUGUACAAAAUAAGAAAAUACAAAUAAAAGAUGUGCACUUGAGUAGAUCUCGUCACAGUUUGGACUAGCCAAGUGUCAAUCUGUGCACGCUCAAGCUGUGCAAGGGAACAGCGCAAGCAACACAGCUGAACUGGAGAACAGCAUCAGAGGGCCCCGUCUCUCUACGAGGUGCCCUGGUAGGGGGGAAACUUUUGUAUCACAGAGUGUGAAAUUGCUCUUAAACUGCCAUCCUCUAUCUUGAGGUCCAUAACAAGAAAAGAAAAAAACACAACAUGAAGAAAAAAAAGGGAGAUAUUCAAAAAAAGAAAACACAAGUCCCAGUAACCAUGCGUUUGUCGGGGCACGCCCUCGGACGGGCAACGCCCACCCUCUAGGCCACUUCCUGUUCGUGGCACACUUCCUGUUUACAACCCCUCCCCCUCUUCCCUACAGGGCCUCACUGCACAGUGGGUCUGCAAACUGCCUGAGGUCUCCAAAUCAGUGUGGGUGCUGUGGACUUGAGAUAAAAACCAAAUACAUUCCCAAUGUUGAAAAAAAAAACAUGCAAUGCCAUGCGGUUUCUCCCGAUGCCCAUCUUGGAUGUAAUGUGUAAAAGAGUCCAUUCACAUUAUGACUAAAUGAAAUAUACCAUUCUGUGUAUAGUGCGGGCUAUGAUGUACAUGGCACAGUUGCAGAGAAAAGUUGAGAAUGAACUAUCUGAGAGAAACUAUAAGUAUUGUAAUAUACUCUUUUUGGGUUUUGUUUUCAUGGCAUGCUUUGUUGUGGUUUUUGUAAAUACAGAAUUUUAAAAGAUUACUACUAUUAAUCUAACAAUAAAUGACAAACAAAACUAUAGAAUGGCUUCCAGCUGAUGCCCUUGUCACAUUUGUUACUUUUUUUAUUUAAUUUAUUUUUUUUCCCAAGACAAUUCUCACUUUGUUGGGGGGGGAACUGAAUGAAAUAGUAUGAAUCCUAUAUUAUACAAACAGUACAUAUGGAAUAUAUAUGAAUAUAUAAGAGCACUGUCACAUUUUGUUUAUAUGCAACACGUCCAGUGGAUGUCAUAAAUUGGUUGGUCCUACUUCUGGAGAUGGGGACCAGCUUUCGCACGAUAUAAUUGGAGCUGCUUGGAAUUUUUAGCCCAAGAAACUUAGAGGAUGAUGCUACCAGCACACUUCUUGUGUAUUCCUAGUACCUACCGUACUUACACUCAACACAACAUAGACAUGCACACAGUGGAGAAAAUACACCCGAAUGAACUCAACCACACAGAGAUACACACACACACACACACACACACACAAAAGUGCACACAUGCUCUUUCCUGCCUAUGAAAAUCUGUUCUCUUUCACCUCAAUCUGUCACUAAGACGCAGAAGCCUACUGUUUCUAGGCCUCUUCAUACACAUCUGUGCCGUUGCUACUGAACUAGCCAUUCAUUCUACAUUUGAUUUGUAUUUUUGUUGUUUUUCUUUUUCCGUAUGUGUCUUGGAUUAGUUUUGUGUGUUCGUAGUGUUACUUCACUAAAUGGUGUGUGCCUUUUUCUGCAUUGUUUGUGUUUCUCCUUCUCCUUCAUUUUCUGAGUUGCAUUGUCUGCAAUCUUGGAGGAUGGUGCCAUUUCUAACUAGUCACCCUGUGAAAGGCGACAAGACGGAGAGUGGAGGGUCAUUAUGGAGCACAAUGUCAAUCAGGGACUUGAGAUUGUACAGCGUGGCAUACUGUACUGCCAGAGAAAUGCCAAACAAAAAAAAAACACCACACACACAGAGCCCGUUUCCUCUAGAUUUGAUGUUACAAAAAAACACAUAAUUCAGUAUGUGAUUGUGUUCUGUGCUUUGUGUAUCAUCCACUAGGCUUGUGAAAAAAAGCUUGCCUUCUGAUUUUGUGUUUCUUUCCACCUCUGAGGUCCAUUUUUGUAUCAGCAUUUGUUUAUUGGACUGUUCCAUUUUUAGCAUGAUUAAGAUGCUUUUUGUUUCCAUCUUUCUGAAGAAAAAAAAUAUCAAAAAGUGCUUUUCAAACUGUUGUUAUCGUUUGACACAGUUAUGUACAUGGUAGGAGGAAAUAUGAUGUUGUGUUGCACAACCACUUGGACUCUUAGUAAGACCUUAUAAAAGAUUGUCUUCAUUUGAGCACGAACCUUUUUAUGAACAAAUAAAGCAGCCUUCCAGUUA